AUGGAUAGAAGAGACCAGUAUAAGACUACUGGCAGUGACAUAGCAUCGCAAAGAAGUAAACGAAGGGAUCAGGAAUCUGAAAUUCGAAAGCAAAAACGCGAAAAACUUUUGAGCUCGAAACGCAUUCGUUUUUCAGAGGUGGAGGGCAACUGUAAUGUUGAAGAGUUUACGAUUGAGCAAGUACAACAGUUGGCAAGGGCGAUUCAGAAAUCUGACAAAAAUAAUCUUAACAAUCUUAAAAACUUACGAAAGGCAUUUGCUCAAGGUAGUGAGCUCAUAAGUGCUUUUUUGGGGGUAGAAAACAGCUUGCGAUCCAUGGUGGGACAUUUGACUGGAAACAAUGCUCAGUUUCAAUUUGAAUCAGCUUGGUGCAUUACUAACUUAGCUACGGGAGAUCACGAGGAUACUAUGAAAGUGUUGAAAGCUUCCGCUGUUUACUUGAUUACUUAUCUGAGUGGACAGAAUGUUCAACUUCAAGAUCAAUGUGCAUGGGCAUUAGGGAAUUUCUCUGGUGAUUCCCAGGAGUGCAGGGAUAUUUUACGUGCACAAGGGAUUAUUGCACCAAUGGUCAAUCUUUUAAAGGUAUUUAACCUUAGGCAGCCGUGAAUAAUAACUCUUAGAAUAUGUUCUCCAGGUCUUCUCAGUGGUGUGUCAACCUCAAGGAAUAUAUAGGGGGAGUUAACCUGUGAUCAGGCGUUUUUUUUUUUCAGGGAAGGGGGAAAAGACGCCUGAUACAUUUACUCCACGAGUCGUCUGCCACCGCCUAAUUAAGGCAUCUGUCAUCAUUUGUGUUAUCGUGUUAGAUUUUACGGGAGCCUCAAGCGUGAAUUGUAAGUUGAUACAGUAGUUGGUAGCAGUACUCAUAGUUUUUAAGGACCAAUUUAUCACUGCUGUUAUUGUGAAUCUUGCCUUAUCGAUGCCAUGUGGUACCUUUGUUCAAGCUGUCAAGUAAAACAAAUUAGUAAUUCAUUGAAAACAGUGGUAGAAUACACAAUUGUGUAUUUUACUGGAAGGUAUUAAAAGUAUAGUAACUGAUUCUGCAGCAACAAAUCUUUCAUGGUCUUUAAUCAGUUUGCAAAAGUGCUGGUGUAAAAUUGUCAAUAAUUAUUGUUUUACGCCUGCCUGGUCUGAGCAAGAAAGUGCUGAAGAAGAAAUCGCAGAAACAACUCAUCCUCAUCAGCUGUAAAGGUUUUUCUCUGUGCAUUGUUCUUUUGAUUCACUAAAAAAGUAUUCAUCUUUUUCUUUUUAUAAGUCCUAUAAGCUUUGCUUGCAGUUAAAAGAAUUAUUCCUCGAUCAUCUUGGGGAUUCUGUCAUGAAGAGACGAAGGUGACAAAACCUAUCUAAUUGCAACGGCAGUCAGAUGUGUUGCUUGUAACCAAUCGGUGCAGAGCUCCAAAGGAUCUUUUGUUUUUCAACCAAUCAGACAAAAGUGCAGAUUCUGGACUACGGGCAGAUGAUGUGUAAAGUAAAAUUUCAGGCGUCCUUUUGCCCUCGAUCAUCUUCCAAACAAAAGGGAAGAGGGACCGCCUGAUUGCAGGUUAAGGGGGAGUGGACCAGGGGGGGACUCCAAUAUGAAAAUGACAUACUGUUAUUGCCUGUAGCCAAAAUGAAUCAAGAUAGCCAGUGUUAUUCAUUACAGCUGGAACCAGAAAUUGUGCAUUUGCUGUAGUGAUUUUAAGUUUAAAGCUCUGUUGAGUCAGAAAAGAAACAGUCGACUGGAAAACUUUCAUCAAUAUCUUAAUGCAGAGUAACAUGUGCUUAUCUUGUUUGUUUGUUCAGUGCCCAAUUUCAACAGUUGUACAGUCAGCAGCAUUCGCCCUUUCAAAUCUGGCCCGAGGAGAGCAAGUUGUCGCAGAAGAGAUGAUACAAGCAGGCAUAGCACCUUCUGUCAUCAGCCUUCUUACACCAGGGACCAGCUCUGUGGAUGUGGCUUCAGAGGUUGCUUGGGUGCUGUCAUACUUGACAUGUAAACCCCAGUGUGUGGCAGUGUUUGUAUCAGGGGGUGUUAUUCCCAUUCUUGUUCAUUAUCUGGGGUCUCUAGCACAAGAGAGACCCCAUAACCCCCAAGCAGUGACACCAAUGCUGCGAAGCUUAGGUUAGUCAACAGUACUAGUAAUUAAUGACUUACAGCUCUCUAGGGUGUAUGCAUGUGUGUGUUUUUUGCAGGGUGAGUUAAGUCUUUCAAACAAUGUAUCCUAGAAGUGUGUGGAUACUGACCAAACCACAGUGUAAACCAUGUGUAAAGUGAUGAUUUGAAGUGAAGUGUCUCAUCUAAGCCCAAAAAACUCAAUAAGCUGUCUUCCAUUUUUUUUUUUCAGGGAACAUAGCCAGUGGCCCUGAUGAGUACGGGACUCAAGCAAUGCAAAGUGGUGAGCUGGUCGUUGCAAUGACAUCAUUUCUGGAGUCCACACAUCGACAUAUAAAGAAAGAGAGUUUAUGGGUAUUGUCCAAUCUGACUGCUGGACCUACAGAACACAUUGAUGCCUUCAUUCAAGCUGGAACACUACCUCUUGUUGUGAAUUCAAUGUCAUCAACUUUUGACAUCAGAAAAGAGGUAUGAGGUAUACCGGGUAGAUUCCAUCUAAUUUUUUUCUUAUUUUUCUUUGAUUUUGUCGUGGUGUAGGUUAUAGGCUCUCAUACUUGCUUUUCUUCUCCACGAACACAUGAAAAUUUGGUUUUGUCAUCUCGGUUGAUCAAGUCAAAUUACCACUAUUGAAAUAUUGAACGCUGAUGUUAAAAUGCUGGCUUGUCUUCAGAGCGAAACCAAACCAAAUUUUGUGUUUCACUUCCCCACCACACAGCACUGACUACAAUAACUUCUUCAUCCACUAACUGAGACCUUGGAACAGGUUAGUUAUGGUGUAGCAAUGAAGCAGCUUAGCAUAGAUCUGGCUUUGUCACUCGAAGUUACACCCUUUCCUAAACCCUAACUUGAAGCACUUUGUAGCAUGUAAGACACAGUACAACAGGAAAGUACAGCUCCAUAGCUUAAUUUGAAUGGGGACACUUUAUGAUUUCAUUAACAGACUCAAAAGUGAGAGUCACCUCGUACAAGAUAUUACACAGUACAACGAGAAAGUACUGCUCAGUAGCUUUCAUUUGAAUGGUAACACUUUAGGAUUUCAUUAACAGACUCAAAAGUGAGAGUCUCCUCGUACAAGAUAAUACACCGUACAAUGAGAAAGUACUGCUCGAAAGCUUUCAUUUGAAUGGUCACACUUUAGGAUUACAGUUCAAAAGGCUCACUAGCCCUCUCUGAUAUGUACAUCAUCAAGAAUUUCCCCAAUUUAUCUCAAGUUGGUAAUGCAAAAUAAAAACCAAAAGGUUGAUGCAACUGGGACAUUGUUGUGCAGUCUAGAGGCCAGGGUCUGGAGUUAUUCUAACCUCUUCAUUUUUUUGUUUAUAAAACAGGCCUGUAUUUGCUUGUGUAAUAUUGCACAUCAUGGACCAAUUUAUGUGAAGAAUGUUCUUGACCUUGGAGCUAUGAAUUCAUUUAUCAACAUUAUUAAAUCUCCUGACCCAGAUACUAUUAUCACCGGUCUUAAGUUUAUUGAGAUGUCACUGAGAAACUUCCCAGCUUCAAAAGAAAUGUUUGAGGUUGCUGAGGGUGUGGCAUGUUUAGAGGGACUCGAAUACAGUGAUAACGAAACAGUUGCCCAGUAUGCUAAUGAGCUUUUGGACACUUACUUCAUGGAGGAAGAACCUGAUGAGGAACAUAGCGGAGUCAAUGAGACUGAACAAGGAGAGGCAUUGUCAUGGAGAUACCAAGACAGUGAGAUGACAACAUAG